AUGCUUUCAGAGUCAGCGACGGUUAUUAAGUCGUGCCUAGCAAGAGCUUUUGCAGUUUUGGCAUCCUACAUCCGCUACGAGUAUCAAGAGGAAACAGCAGAGCAAGCCGAGGGGGGAGAGUAUUUUGAGGAAGAGCAGGAAUACAAUGAGGACACUCAAGUGUACACCGAAACGGACGGGGCUGCCGAGGAGCAAUACGAGGGAGGCGACGAGACAUUCGGAGAGGAAACAGCGGCAGAGGGGGAGUUCGUAGAGGAACAAACGGACAUGGACGGGGGGGAGCUGGAAGGGGAACAGGAGGGGGAGGGCGAGCCGGAAAACGGAGAAACAUGGGAGGGCGAUGAGGUUCAAGGGGGUGAGGAGCUGCAGCAGGAAGAGGGGUUGCAGCAGGAAGAAGGCGAAAACGCAGAGAUUGGAGAGACAGAGUAUGCGGAAGACGCGGCUCCCGCGGAUGCGCGCCGGAUCCAGCUGGUGAUCACCGUCGAGAUCGAGGAGGGGCGCGCGGACCGCAUCGAGAUGCGCGAGGGCGACUCGCCGCGCGCGCUGGCGGUGCAGUUCUGUGCGGAACACGGGCUGGAGGACUCCGUGAUCGAGCCGCUGACGGAGCAUAUCCUCGACAACAUCGCGCAGCUCAGAGCCCGUGGCGGCGUCUCCGAGAACGUCGAGGAAACAACCGAAGAGACUACCGUUGAGUAUCAGGAAGUCACCAAGGAGGAGCAGACGGUCACCGAGCAGGUCAAGACCGUGACCGAGAGUGUGUCCCAGCGGUCGGUGGGUUCAACUGGGCGCACUCAGCGGCCGCCAAACGACCGGCUCACGCGCCCCACGAAAGCGAGCGCGGCCAAGGGGAAGGGGGCGCAGGGAACCGAGAAGCCGACGAGGCCAAUAAGCGCGCCGUCCUAUGAGUCGUCCGAGCGUACGGUGUACUCGCGUCUCUUCGAGGACUGCGAGCGGCAGCACCAGAAGCUGGAAGAGGAGAAGCGCAAGCUGGAGCAAGCCAAGCAGGAGGCGAUCGGGCGGCAGAAGGUCAAGAUCUCCAAGAAGUCGGAGGAGAUGAUGCGCGGGCGCACGGCCAAGGAGUACGAGAACUACGGCGAGCUGCUGUACGUGGAGGGCAAGAUCCAGGCGGAGCAGCGGCGCAAGCUGGCGGAGCAGAAGCGCGCGGAGGAGGCGCAAAAGGAAGUGCAGGGACUCACGCUCAAGCCCGAGAUCAGCCACCUGGCCAAGUCAAUGAAACGGCCCGACGACGUUCCGUGGAGCCGGUUGGCGGCCGCGCCAACAAACAAGCAGAAGAAGCUGGCGGAGCUCAAAAGCCAGCUGGAGGAGGCGAAGCUGGCGGAGUGCACGUUCGCCCCCGCGCUGAACCGCAAGACGCGCGCGCUGAUGGCGGAGCGCGCGGAGGUGCUGCGCGUGCACCACAUAAGCCACUACGACCAGCUGCACCAAGACGCGCAGCGCCGCAAGCAGCGCCACGCGCAGUACGCCAACUGGUACCCCGAGGACGUGACAUUCCAGCCCAACCGUGUGACCAAGUCCCGAUCCAAGUCCGAGGCGGAUUCGGACGAGGAGGUGGAUGCGGACCUGUUUGACCGGCUGUACCGGUCCGCGCAGCAGAUCCAGGCCAAGCGCGACAAGCUCAAGGCGGAGCUGCAGAAGCCCGUGGACGCAGCCACCGGACGCACGCUGUUCAAGCCCCAGAUCGGACGUCCGCCCAGCUUCAAGCGGCGCAAGAACGUGGGCGAGUAUCUGUACAGCAUCCGGCACGAGUUCGGCGACAAGAAGGAGUUCAUGGCGGAGCGCGAGCGCGAGGCGGCGGAGGAGGCCGCCAACAAAAAGUACGUCAACAAGGCGUCGCUCGACCUGCUCCACCGCAUGCGCGGCCGCCGCUUCCAGCAGAUCUUCAAGUACCUCGACAAGGACAAGGACGGCACCGUGGAUCUUGCCACCUCCGACUUGGAGCCUCUCGACAUCGAGGUGAAGGAGGACAUCCAGGAGGCAACUAGGCUGGCGGGAGAAGACCCGGUGGUCACCUUCGACAAGUUCACCGAGCUCAUGACCGCUGUACUGAACGGGCGCAAGACGGGGCCCCGCAAGUACCUCCUCCCCGACAGCCACCGCUCGGGGGGGUCCAACCGGGACAUGACCUUUGCGUACAAGAUGGGCAAGAAGUCGCGCGAAAUGGCCGAGCGCCGCCGCCGAUCCGACCUGACCCCGGAGCAGUGGUACCAGAUGCAGCUGGUGGAGCGCGCGCGCAUCGCGGAGCGCGUCGAGAAGCUGAAGCAGGAGAAGCUCGCGCACGAAAUGGCCGAGUGCACCUUCCGCCCCGGCAUCAACGCCACCGCCUCCGAGAGCCGCCUCAAGGCUCUUCUGGCCAGCCCAAAGGCCGACAAGGGCCGCACCGCGGAGGAGCGCAUUGCGAGCCUGGAGAGGGAGCUCCGGGACGUGCACGGUUUCAUUCUCGGCACGAACGCGCCCGCGAAAGACGCCCCGGCCUGGUCGCCGGAAGCUGAGCCGCUCUCCUUCCCCAAGAGCCUGGCCGCCACCACCAGCCAGGCGACCAACAAGUCCCGCAACACCAGCGUGACGUCAGCCGGGAAGCAGCAGCGCAGCAGCGUGACGUCGGCAAAACAGCAUGAUGACGCGGCGAGAGAUCCCCUCGAGUCGGAGAGCGAGGAAGAGAGCGACUCGGAGGACGAACGGGCGAAGGCGCGGGACAUGAGGUCCAGAAUCCAGGCAAUGGGCGCCCGGCAAAAGACCGAGGAGGACGAACUCCCCGAGGUGCUGCGGGCGGUCAAGAGAACCGUCGCGGAAGCACCGAGGCUCAGCGAGCGGGAAGAAAGUGAGGACGACGAAGAAACUGACGACGAGGAUGACGUGUCAGAGGAAGAAGAGGAGGAAGAGGCGGAAGAGGAAGAGGAAGCACCAGUGCGUCAGCCAGUCGUGCGCACCUCUGUGGCGAAGAGCUCGUACGUCAGCAGAGGCAACAAGGAGGAGAGCGAGGACUCCGACUCCGACAGUGACGGAAGCGACGAUGAGGCUUGAAACCAAGGACGGGCCUUCUAGGCAAAGUGUUGAUGAAAAACAUAGGUGAAGGAAUCACGUAUUGUCGGAAUCGGCAAAGGCUGUUAACAAUCUCAUAGAAAGCUUCUUUGUGCGGACAAAGCUUGCACUUACAUUGGACUUGGCAAUCGAACGUUACCAGGUUAGCUAGCUUAGUGCGAAUGCAAAUGGACGGAAAGGCGAUCCGGUGCGGACAAUGAGCAACAUCUCGUAAUAAAAUCCAGCUUUGGUGAGUCGACACUCCAUGUUUUCC